UGUGUGUGUAUAGACCCCUAAAGGAACUGCAUAUGAAUCAGUCAAACUGGCUAUAGAAACAGGGUACAGACACAUUGAUGGCGCUUUGGUCUAUUUCAACGAACAUGAGGUGGGACAAGCUAUAAGGGAGAAAAUUGCAGAUGGAACUGUGAAAAGAGAGGACAUAUUUUACUGUGGAAAGUUGUGGAACACAUUCCAUCCCCCAGAAUUGGUUCGACCUGCUUUGGAGAAAACGUUGAAGACAUUACAGCUGGAUUAUGUCGACCUCUAUAUUGUAGAAAUGCCCACAGCCUUCAAGCCAGGAGAUAUAUACUACCCCAGAGAUGAGAGUGGGAAGUUUAUCAUUUAUCAUCAAACAGACCUCUGUGCGACAUGGGAGGCUUUGGAGGCUUGCAAAGAUGCCGGGCUGAUAAAAUCUAUUGGAGUAUCCAACUUUAACAAGAGACAACUGGAGUUGAUCCUUAACAAACCUGGGCUGAAACACAAGCCUGUGUCAAACCAGGUUGAAUGCCAUCCGUAUUUCACUCAGCCAAAGUUGCUUGAGUUCUGCCAGAAGAAUGAUAUUGUCAUUGUUGGAUACAGCCCUUUGGGGACAUCUAGAGAUGCAUCCUGGGUGAACCUAAAAUGCCCCCCGUUGUUGGACGAUGAACUACUGGCAUCAAUUGCUAAAAAGUAUAACAAGACCACAGCCCAGGUGGCCUUGAGGUUCAACGUGCAGAGAGGAGUGGUGGUCAUCCCAAAGAGCUUCAACCCUGUUCGCAUAAAGGAGAACUUUCAGAUUUUCGACUUCUCUCUUUCUGAGACUGAGAUGAAGGCAAUUGAGGGAUUGAACAAGAAUAUUCGUUUUGUGGAACUUCUCAUGUGGUCAGAUCACCCAGAGUAUCCAUUUCAUGAUGACUACUAGAUGUCGUAGAUGUCAAGACUUCAUCUAAAUUGGAUCAAUCUAGCUGCAAUGAAAAAUAGUCUUUUGAAUUUACUUGAUUUUAAUGUGUACAUCGAUCCCACAUGAUCAGAAUGUGUCUGACAUUGAAAAAAUGUUUCUCUCUCUCUCUCUCUUUUAAUUAUUUCUUGUCAAACCAACACAUUUUAUUCACAUAAGACUGUCUAAUAAAAUUGAGUUAACAUUUUUUUUUUUCA